CAACUUUCUCCCCCUCCCCCUCCCCCUCCCCUCUCCUCUUUACUCCCCGCAAAUGUCUUUCCUCCGACGCCGCUUCGGCGGCGGCGGCACCGGCUCCUCCACAGAACCCUCCCGUGAACCCACCCCCGACCUAGACAAAGCAGACGAUCUCCGGGUCAUCACGGCCAAGAAGUUGCACAACCUCUCUCAGCCAAAGAAUAGCAAAAAGAGGAACUUCUGGAUAUUCGGGCUGGGCGGUGUUUUUGGGUUGGUGGUUGCGGCUUUUUUUGCCGGGAGUAAUGACAUGAUUGAUUUGUCCGGGUUGGAGGGAAUGAAUCUAGAGAGUAUUUUCGAUGCUUUGCCUGCGGGGUUAAUAAGCGAUGCGCAGCAGCUACAGAAGCACGAACGGGAUGCUGUGAAUUACGAUUCCUUUGCCGUCGGCCUCCAUGCGCGUUCGCAAGGUGUACACGCUUCACAUCCCGUUAUAAUGAUUCCCGGAGUCAUUUCCACCGGCCUUGAGUCCUGGGGAACUGAGGAGUCGUCAAGGCAGUAUUUUCGCAAGAGGCUUUGGGGUUCGUGGACAAUGAUGCGGGCGCUGGUGCUGGACAAAGCACUUUGGAAGAAGCAUAUCAUGCUAGAUAAAACUACCGGCAUGGAUCCACCAGGAAUCAAGCUUCGCGCUGCACAGGGCUUCGACGCCACUGAUUUCUUCAUCACCGGAUACUGGAUAUGGAACAAGAUCCUCGAGAACCUCGCCACCAUUGGCUACGAUCCCACAAACGCCUUUACCGCAGCAUACGACUGGCGCAUGUCGUACAUGAAUUACGAAAACCGCGACCAAUACUUCACUCGUCUCAAAACCCACAUCGAAGUCGAAGUCCGCGUCUCGAACAAAAAGGUCGUCCUUCUCUCCCACUCCAUGGGCUCCCAAGUCCUGUACUAUUUCCUCCACUGGGUCGAAGCUGAGGGCUACGGAAACGGCGGCCCCUCCUGGGUUGAGUCUCACGUCGAUUCCUGGAUCAACAUUAGCGGCUGCAUGCUCGGCGCCGUGAAAGGCCUGCCUGCUGUCCUCUCAGGCGAAAUGAAAGACACGGCCCAACUCAACGCCUUCGCCGUCUACGGUCUCGAGAAAUUCCUUUCACGUCACGAACGCGCAGAAAUAUUCCGCGCAAUGCCUGGAAUCUCCUCUAUGCUGCCUAUGGGAGGAAACGCGGUCUGGGGCGACGCGGGUUGGGCUCCUGAUGAUGAACCAGGACAGAACACCAGUUUUGGCAACUUCAUCCGAUUUCGGGAUAGCAAUUCUACGCUAGCGAGCCAGAACCUCACCAUUGAAGAUAGCUUACCGUAUUUAUUCCGCAACAGCGAGGAUUGGUAUAAAGAUAUGGUGCAAUCGAGCUAUUCACAUGGUGUCGCACACACGGCGAAAGUCGUCGAAGACAAUCAGCGCAUCCCCGCCAAAUGGAUCAAUCCACUAGAAACGCGGCUUCCACUUGCCCCUCAUUUGAAGAUAUACUGCUUCUACGGCGUGGGAAAGGAGACAGAGCGUGCGUAUUAUUACAAAGAAGAUACUGACCCACUUAGCAAGACAAAUGUGACCAUCGACACGAGCUACAGCAACGGGAAAACAGAUCACGGCGUGGUAAUGGGCGAGGGAGAUGGUACGGUGAACUUGCUGUCCGCGGGGUAUAUGUGUACGAAGGGGUGGAGGAUGAAGAGGUAUAAUCCAGCGGGUGUGCAGAUUAAGACGUAUGAGAUGCCGCAUGAGCCAGAUAGGUUUUCGCCUAGGGGUGGACCGAAUACGGGCGAUCAUGUCGAUAUUCUCGGCCGCUCGUCUCUCAACGAUCUGAUUCUCCGUGUUGCGGGGGGGAGAGGCGAGCUCAUUGAAGAAAGUAUCCAUUCGAAUAUUAGGGAGUAUGCGGAGAAAGUCCGUAUAUAUGACAAAGAGUAAGCCCAUUGUAAUUUUCGAGACGGUUACGGUCACGAAUCACCGCUCUUCAGGAGGGCGUUUUGGAUAAGGAGGGUUCGAAAGAAUCAAGCAAACGAUACCAGAUAGACGAAUGUUACGCGAGUUUUUGACGUUAGAGGAAUUUUGGUCUGUUGGUUUAGAUUUUAUUACUUCACAUUAUGCUUAUCUUUAGUAUAGCAACUACUUUCUCGAUCUAU